AUGCAGAAUUUCAGUCAACCAUAUUCAAUUGCAUUCAUAGAUUCUAUAUCAAUAUAUUUUGAUAAAAUACAAAAUCAUGUUGAAUUAACAUGUCAAUUUUCAACAGGUGAUAUACAUGAUUUAUUACGUUUUAUAAUAUUUAUAUCAGAAAUAAUUUAUAUAAAUAUAUUUCAAAAAAAAAAAUCAUUUCUUAGUUGUGAAACAGAUCAAAUAAUAUCAUGUUGUACAUUAUCGAAAAUACUAUUAUCAAUAAUUGAAUAUAUUUAUCAACGACAUGGUUUAACUAUAUCAAAUAUAUUAUAA